GCUGCUGCUGGCCGUGCUGCUGGGCGGCGCGGGCGCGCAGUACUCGAGCGACUUGUGCAGCUGGAAGGGGAGCCUCUGCUGGAUGAAUCAGUGCAUCCCCAAACUGAGGCCUUGGGGUGUCCUCCUUCAGCAGAUCAAAAACAGAAACCCAGUCCCACCCUGUGAGCUUGAGUUUCCAGAGGAGGAGCUGACAUCCUUUUCACAUUCUUGGAGGACCAUGUGCCUGGAAGAGGAUACCUCCCUUGGAGCCCAGAGGGAGCUGUGAGCGAGGACUGGUCAGGGGGCCAACCUGCUCCUGCACCACGCAGGUGUUUGCAGGGGGUAGAGGAAUCCCUUCACCUUCCUGUUCCUGUGCAUCCUCUUAUCUACCUGGAGAAGAAGGACCCCUCUCCCUCCGUCAUUGCCAAUGGACCCCUGGACUUGGACACCCUCCAGUGUCCUCCACUCAACCCAAAGGCAGAACCCGGCCAAGGGCGGCUGCAGUGGCUGUAGGAGCUGUGGGCGGGAUCUGAAGCAGAGACAGGGCCAGGUCACAUUCCUGGAGCAUAAGCCCCCUUUGCAUUGUAAUUGCUGCCCCCAGUUAUCAUUUUUUUUUCACAAAUCAGCUGACAGAUUCUUACUCUGGUGUGCUGGUUUGCCUGCUGACUCUAUAGCAUUUACGACUUUUUAUGAGCCGUUCUAAAGACAGCACAGGGUGGUGCAAGCCCUGAUGUGCCGGGUGGAUUCUGAUCCCCUGAUAGGAAGGGGGUUGUUUUUUAUGACACUGGCCACUCACAUUUGACAGGCCUAAUGUGUUUCUGGGUGUUUCCAAGCAAUUAAGUAGAAGGUUUUGAAAUCCCUCUCCCUGUGCAGAGGCAGGACGUGCCCUAUCUUUAUUAGGCCCUGGUCGUAAAGGUGGACCAUGAACUUUCCUACUGCAAUGGGCUGGGCAUUGCCGGUUAUGUCACACCUGGGCUAUCUCUCCUGCAAGGUGGGGAAAUGAAAAGUAACUCCAGGCAGGAGAGCCUUUUGGUUUCACCCUUGAUCAGAAGCUCUUCCUGACUUUAGUCAAAAAGAGACCAUCACUUCCUUCUGGUGACUCAGGGUUUGAGCCAGGCUAUGGGUGUGAGUGGUGUGGGCUCUGCUGCCACCACACUGACCCUGUCAGACAGUCCCCAUAGCGACUUGGAAUUUGCCAUCUUUCCCAUAAAGGUGCUCCACAGGUGUGUCCUCCUGGGGGGUGACACUUGCCGACUCUUUUUUUUAAUGCAUUAAUUCAGUUUAAAUAAUCCAAGAUCAAAUCAGUCUUCUCGGUUUCCUAAGGUUGAAUAGAACCACAGUUUUUUUCUGCAUCCUGUAGCUUUGUCAUAACAUCAGAAAGCAGUUAUUUCAUUUUUCUUAGUUAGGAUGUCACUUGCAUGUCAUGUGAAAAUUGUAACAUACCAUCAUCAGUGACCAUUACUGAUGUGGUGUGUUUUUGCGUCUCCAGCACUUUUGCUGAGCAGGUGUCUGUCUGAAUGGAGCUCUUGCUCUGAUGAGAGUGUGGACACUCCUGUGUUGGGUGCUUAGUGAGAGUCUUGUUGGUCCCGAUGUUUUAGCAGAACGAGAGAGAAGAGGCAGAGCAGGGCCCAUGCAGGCUCCGGGGACGGGCUGGACCUGUUAGAGGGUGAAGUGAUGGGCGCUUUAUUUCUCAUGUGUCCACUGUCGUUUCGUUCCUAGUCCUCUUUUAGGCGAGUGACUUGUGAGUAAAUGGAUGCACGUGGUCAUGUACUCAGGCUGGUGGAUGGCAGCCCCCAGCCUCAGGUCCGCCUCCCCCUGGGCAGCAUGGGCUGGCCAUCUGUCCCCACGAGGGCCCCUUCUGCCCCUGCCAAGACGCGGGUGGAGGGUGGGCCUCCCCAUUUCACCCUCCACUGUUGGGGUUAAGGCAACCUCGUGAGAGGUACCCACAGCCUCUGGUGUGAGUUCUCCACUCCCUCAACCCCUAGGUCCCCCUCCUCCCACCAAGAGGGAAGCGAAGCCUUGGAUGGGGUGGUUUUUUUGGGAGAGAGAGUUGAAGAUUGGUGCCUGGGCAUGGCGCAAGUGUCCAGCUGCCCCUCAAGGCUGGAGCCAGGAGAGAAGGGACACUGUGAUAAAGUUUGUUUGGCUGCAUAAGAGCAGAGUUGAUUAUAGUCAUCUGUGGCAACCACACACCAUUUAGUCUAAUUUUGUCACCCAGCACUAUAAUUAUGCCCAUCCCCUCCUAUGUGUCAGAUGAGCUUGUGUGAGUUUUAUGUGACUGUAAUUUGUUAAGUCUGUUCUGUGUGUGCGGCCCUGCUAGGUCUGAGGCCAGGCUGCUCAUGACCCAGGGCCUUGGGGGUGGGGAGUGGAGUGAGGAGGGAAUCCACCUCCUUGACACCUCCUUCUGAUGUGGUCUGCAGGGUGACUGUGCAGCCCUAGCCUGCAGCUGGCCGUUGUAUGAAAAGUGAGGCUUUUCGGGGCCUGGAGCGUGAGUCACCAACAGUAAAUGCAAACCAUAUGUUAUGUGUUUUCUCCUCCGCGGAAAAGGUUUCUGGUAACUCACUCAGGCCAGGGCUCUGAGUAUAGUAUUGUUUAUUUCACAUAAAAAUCCUAAGAAUGUGGGUGAACCUGUCUGAGAUCUGAUCAGAACCAAAUUUCAUGUAAUAAAACACUUAGUUGAAGUCACCGUUGAGUUCCCGGGCUGCUUGGUGUUUAUGACGUAACCGUUACCACAAGCUGACAUUUACAUUACAGUUUUGAGUAGGGGAAACUUGAACGUUUUUGAUGGUUUCAAUUUCUCGAAAACAUAAUGUUAUGACUUACUCAAGACCUGCCUCCCCAAGAGCAUAGCACACUUCAUGUUUUCCUGUUUGGCAUUUAUUAGGAGUGAAACCCACUGGGUUCCCCGGCAGUCCCCAUCGGGAAGACAGGUUAUCUGCGGACCUUUUGUGUCCCCCUCCCUUUGCUUUUCCACAAUUCCUUCCCGUGUCUCCCUGUGGAGAACCUUUACUUUACUUUUGCAUCUUGCUUUGAUGAUAUUUGUGUUUGUUUUGAAAAAAAUAUGAUUGGCAACGCAGGGUCUUCAGGUUUGCAAAUGAAUGAAAAAGCAGUCAAAUCAUCACCGUAAGGAAAAUAUGAACACUGUGCCUAACGGGGAUCCUGAAGACAAAACUCACCAACAACCUCCACAACCCCCCCCCCCCCAAAUUGCUAACAUUCCCAGUUCGUUUAAAAGCUGCUCCCUGGAGUGCAUUAUUUAUUAUAUGUGCAUUGCAUUCCAGCGUGCCUCCUGUAACUUGAAUCUGCUCCUUGGUUUUCACACUCAGUGGGAAUCUACCAACAUUUCCUGGCCUUCAUUUGGUUAUCUGGAACUUGGGCUGGUGCCGAAGUCCCACUGGUGUUUCCCUGUUUAUUUUUUGGAAGAGCCAUCUUUUCCUUGAUUUUCAUCUCCACUGCACCCAUCACUGCCCCUGUUCAGGGGUUUCCCAAGGACACGGGCUCAGAGGCCAACAGAGUGUCCAGGUGGUGAGAGGGUCUGGGAGCCAGAAGCUCCCACACUUACCAGAGCGCUCGGAGCCGGUGCGCUGGAAGGAACUGGGCGGGGGAGGCCGUGUGGCCACCCCUGCCUGGAGAUGGGCCCUGAGCUGCAGGGUGGAGACGGUGCCAGCCUGCCUGUGGGUGAGGGGUGCUCGGACGCCCGAGCAGGCGUCUCCCGGCUGACGAGUCUCCCCGUCCACAGCGGACUGACGCACGAGGCCCAUAGGAAGGAGGUGGAGCAGGUGUACCUGCGCUGCUCCGCGGGCACUGUCGAGUGGAUGUACCCGACCGGUGCGCUCAUCGUGAACCUGCGGCCCAACACCUUCUCGCCCUCCCGGCACCUGACUCUGUGCAUCAAGCCCCUCAGGGGCUCGUCGGGGGCCAAUAUUUAUUUGGAAAAGACUGGAGAACUGAAACUGCUGGUGCGGGACGGGGACCUCGGGCCCGGCCAGGCCCCGUGCUUCAGCUUCGAACAGGGUGGCCUGUUCGUGGAGGCGACGCCCCAGCAGGACAUCAGCAGGAGGACCACGGGCUUCCAGUACGAGCUGACCAGCCGGCAUGCGGGGCCGGACCUGCACACCCUGUCAGCCCCGUGCCGCCCUUGCAGCCACACUGAGGUGCUCUUGGCUGUCUGUACCAGUGACUUCGUCGUCCGAGGCUCCAUCCAGGAUGUCACCCACGAGCCGGAACAGCAGGAGUCAGCCAUCCACCUGAACGUGAGCCGGCUGUACCGGCAGAAGAGCAGGGUCUUCCGGCCGGCCCCAGAGGGCGAGGGUGGCGGCUGGCGGGGACGUGUCUCCACGCUGCUGGAGUGCGGUGUCCGGCCUGGGCGCGGCGAGUUUCUCUUCACCGGCCACAUGCACUUUGGGGAGGCCUGGCUCGGCUGCGCCCCGCGCUUCAAGGAUUUCCAAAGGAUGUACAGGGACGCUGAGGAGAGGGGGCUGAACCCCUGCGAGAUAGGCACAGAGUGACUGCUGGGUGACCGCUGCCGCAGCGAUGGAUACUCACACUGGGGUGGGUGCCUGGCGCUCCGGCUGGGGAGGUACACGCUGGUUCUGGCCAAGGACUCCCUGAUGGAUUGAUUGGAGAUGCUGUAACAUGCCAACUAAGUUAUUAUAUUUUUUUUAAAAAAGAAAUGUUCAUAGGAAGCAAACUCCUGUGUCGUAAAAUGCCUUCGUGUGCCGUUUCGUACUGUUUUCUGAGCAUCAGCAGUCACUGCAUUUGGCUGGUGUGUUGGGUGAAGUGUCGGGGCCGAGGCCCACAGCCGAUACCCGACACCAGGCUUGGGUACCAUUCAAAGUUGUUUCUUAUGAUGGAAAUUUAUGGAGCCAAAUGCCUAUGGGUUUUCAUUUUGUUUUUGCUUUUUAAAGAAUGAACUUUGCCAGCCAUGGUCAUUUUGGGGCUGCAGGCUGUUUCCAUUCCAGGGAAUAAAGACCAGCCUCUGACGGAUCAA